AUGGGGGAACCAAAUUCUUCAAAGAAUUGGUUAUCGUCAGUUAUUAGUAACGUUUCCGGAUUUGUCCGAGAAUCAUUGAAUGGUUCAACGAUUUCGGGGUCCAGUCCGGACCAUCCAUUCCACAAUACCACCGCUGGACAGCAGUCAGGUCCCAAUGAUGACCCCGCUGAUUCUACACCUACCGAUGAUCACGGUUCAUUUCCCAGUAAUGAUAAUUCGCCUACACUUCUGACCCCUUCAACUCAAUCGCAAGAUGUAAUUUCAUCACAGCGACCGAUCCGUUAUUUGAGUCCAUCGGUGUUCAAGGGUCAGAUGAGCACUAAAACUGCUUCCGAUUCAGCAUUCAGUGUAACGAACACAUCAUCACAGCGUGAGGCACCAACAUAUAUCACUGCACGUUCUGCUACAACAAAACGUGCGAACAAUACGUCCAAUACAAGUUAUCGUUUUCACGAAACUGCUCCUUCAUCAGAUUCAACCUCAUCUGACAUUCUACGAGUUUCUGCGUCUCCAUCGUCUAGCCUAUCAUCGCAUCCACCUGCACAGCCUUUGAACAUGCAAUCGCGUAAACGUGGUAGUGUAACGCCAGCACCGAUUGAUCUUUUUGGUGGAUCAUCAUCCGAUGCGGUCCCAGGAACUAUGAUAAAGAGAACCAGACAUAUGGUGCCAUCGAACCACAGUCUCAGAAAUUUUGAUCGUUCUGCAUCUCGAUCGCCAUCUCCAUCCGGUUCGUCAACGUUUUUACGUCGUACGCCUCUUUCACAAACACCCUCUUAUCGUGCAGCUAUGCCAUCGUUUCGUUGCUCGUCUGCUACACAACGAAAUCAUUCAAAUAGUUCGUCAAGCGUUCCGCGAUCAGCCAGUUCAGUAUCAGGAUUGUCAUCUAGAACUCUGGAAAUCCUCGACGAACUCAAAAAGAUAUCGAAUCCACUUCGGAACAUUCCAACAUGGCGCAUGAGCAACAAGCCAGAACGUUGGGCAACAGAUUUGCUUGAAUCUCCGGUGAGUAGGCCACCUGUUAGUACGAUGAAUGCAGUACCACGUGCUCGAAUUAUUGCUGAUUCUAUUUAUGCAACUUCGAUGAAUCGUACGGAAAAGCGUUGGAACAAAUUGUUGUUCGAGCACUUCUUUGUAGAUGUUGAAGAAGAUGUUCCGCAAAUCAGUAGUGUGGGAAUGGAAAUGGAACAGUCGUCAGCAUCCUUUUCACCUCAGAUGUCAUCCGCGUUGUUCGAACAUCAGGCACAAAAACCGUCAGCAGAAUAUGUACAAGCAGAACAAAACACUGACGACAACUCGUCUGCGGCAGCAGCUGAAUCUCGUUCGAGCACUUCUGUAUUUUCGUCAUCAGUAUCGAAAAAAUUUGAUGACACCGUAACAUCGAAAAAGCGAAGCAAUAUUUUCUCGGCAAGAUGGCCUGAACUGAAUGUUAUUGGACGUGAAGAGACGAGCACUCAAACGGUUCUUGAUCAGCCGGUGACAUCAAAAUCGCAAGAUCCUACGCAGAAUCAUUCUGAAAAAUCGUCACACCACUCAUCCACAUUCAAGUUUUCAACGCCCAUUAGACGGGGACCAUCAAAACCGCCAAAAAAUCUUGAUGUAAUAGUGUCAACGUUCGAAGAACAAGAGGCACUUCCAAAGGUUUCUGAUAUGACCGAUGCGGAAGCAGAAAAAUCACACGAAAAGAUCAAAGCAUCUGAGACACAACAAAACGUUCAAACAAACGGAAUCAAGAAAUGGACUUGUAAGACAUGUUUCAUAUCGAAUGGAGCUGAUGAAGUGAAGUGCAUGGCAUGUGGUGAGGCUAAAGCGUCGACGGUGAGUGGUGGUAAUACUGAAGUAGCAGCAGCAGCAAGUCGGCAGUCGCAGUCGUGCAGGAUAUGCUUCAUCAGCAAUCCGUGCACAGCAACAAAAUGCAUGGCGUGUGAUACACCGUUGCAUGAGUCAACCACUGAUACUGCCAGUAAUGUCUUUGGUAAUCGCGCAUUCAAACCCACCAAUACCACGUCUCCGCCAGGUGUCAAAUUUGGUUUUGGUGGAGCGAGUGGUUCGGGGAGCGGUGCGCAACCUGCAUUCGGAUUAGGCUCAUCAUCUGUCAUCAGCGAUUCACUUGCAAAGAAUCGGAACGAAUCGAUCAACUCUGUUAAUGCAGUCGCAUCGUUCGGUCUAGCCAAUAGUUCAUCGGCGCCAGAUUUGGGUCAUUUCACAAAAGCUACAGCAGGUGGUGUGCCACAUUUGGAUGUAAUCAAGGAAGAACAGCAGCGAUCAUCGCUCACUACCAAUACUAGUGCUGACCUUACCUCGUCUUCAUCAUCUAAGAAUCAGACUGCUCAGCCGAAUAUCAGCGAGCCAACUGCGACGAUUUCUUCCACAUCAACCACACCUUCAUUACAGUCAUCGUCUCUGUUUGGUGGAAUUGCAAGCAUAUCUUCUCCAACAUUGACCCAAACCUCAUCCACACCUGUACUUCCUACUUUUGACGCACCAACGAGUAGUAAUAAGCCAGCAUCGAUCAGUUUUGGUGUUCCCACUUCAUCGUUUCCACCGCAAACAUCUGAAUCAGCUUCGACCGCAAACACUUCACAAUCGACGAAUUUGUUCAAAUUUGGUGCUGGAAAGGAGCAACAGUCCAAGACGCCUCUCAACUUUUCAGCGGUAUUACCGCAACCUGGUGGCACAGUGUCGGCAUCGUUAACACAAAACCCUCUAACGUUGGGUACUACUGAUGACCGUUCGAAUAAGAGCUCUCUGUUCGGUACGAAUACUGAGCAGUCAAACGAUACUGAUAGGAAGAUAGCAACGAGCCCGAAUUCCAUCGAGAUGAUAUCCGCCCAGGAGUCAUCUUCUACAACUGGCAUUGCCCAGCAACAGCCCAUCGCUACAGCAACCCAAAAUCAACCAUUUACUUUUGGUAUGAUACCAUCACAACCACAAACGACCACCACAAAUUCAUUGUUCAACUUCGGAGCGAAUCCUUCAUUAGCAACUGGCUCUGGUUCAUCUGGUGCAGCCACCACAUCAAGUGGGAUAAACACGAAUACAAGUAGCGCAGCAGGUAGUGAUGCAUCAGCCAUUGGCAUGAGCAUGCCUUUCCAGUUCGGUAGCAGUACGGCAUCAUCGGUGGCUCAGCCAUUCAGUGGCGCACCACAAAGUGCCACUGUUCCUCCUGUACCACAAACUUUUAACUUCGGUAACAUACCUGCAACGAAUGGUAUUUCCACGGGAUUCACGUUCGGUUCAUCAUCCAGUACCAGCGCACCUGGUGUGUUCAACUUCAGUGCGCAGCAAUCAGCACAUAGUCUUGUUACCAUUUCAGCUCCAACUGCCUCAUUUUCGUUUGGUAGUAGCGGUAUGGUUCCAGGAGCAGCUGCAGAAUUCGGAACAUCGGCGGCAACAAACUUCUUUGCAUCUGGCACCACUAGUAGUAGUAGCACGACAACGACGGCUCGUAAAAUGCUCAAAGCACGUCGGCGUAAAUAA